UACUAAUAAUAAGAAUACACGAGGCAACUCCGGCCUUAUCGUGUAACAACAUCCGAACUAUUAAUCCCGAAACUUUUCCGAACCCGAACCGAAGGAAGGUGGUGUAAGGUUGACUAUGAUUUACGACUCCUAAAUGUGCCUUUAGAUUUCGUAGUCACGCCGAGUUCGGUCACACACAAUCUACUUUUCACCGAUUCAGUGGUUGGAUAAAAAUCCCAAAAUAAAAACAUGGAAAAUUUUCUUAGAAAAUCAAAAGCCAAAUUGUCUGAAAUUGAAUCACUUGAUAGUGUUUGCAUCAUUCUUGGGAAUGAAUCCUGUGAUUUAGACUCAGCAGUCUGUGCCUUAAUUUUUGCAUACUUUUUGGAACAACAGAAAAAGUUUGCUUCUGUUCACCUUCCUGUUCUCAACGUAGCUAAAGAAGAAUUCAUCCUGAAGACUGAAGUUGUUUAUUUCCUAAAAAGGUUUAACAUUUCGUCUGAGCUGCUCAUAUUUCGAGAUGAAAUCUGCUUCAAGUCAUUGCAACAAAAUAGAAAGUUGAAACUUGUUUUGGUGGAUCACAAUAUUUUGCCAAAUUCAGAUUUCUUCCUAGAUUCAUCAAUUGUUCAAAUAGUUGAUCACCACAAACAAGAACAUCCCUUUUCAGAGAAUAUUGACAUGCUGAUUGAAACUGUUGGUUCUUGCAGUACUCUGAUAAGUUCACUUAUUUUUGAAAGUGCACCAGAAAUUUUAGAUACCAUUUCUGCUUCACUUCUACUUGGGGCUAUUGUAGUAGAUGUGGCAAAUUUUUCUCCAACUGCUAAAAGGGCCACUGCUAAAGAUGAAGAAAUCUUUAAUAAAUUAUUGAAACUGGUACCAAACAUAUCCAAAGACAUCCUAUAUAGGGAGCUUCAGUGCGCAAAGGAAGACGUUUCCAAUCUCACAUUUGAACAAUUGUGCCAAAAAGACCGAAAAAUCAUCGAAAUUGGUGGCAUUAUCCUUCCCGUUUGUGGAUUUCCAUUCCUUUGCUCUACAUUGCUCGCAAAACAUUCAGAUCUUGCUAGCAAGCUGCAGGGUUUUUGUUCAGUUUUGAACUGUCAUGGAACAGUGUUGAUGGGCAUUUCGAUAGAUGAAGAAACCGACAUCGUUAAGCGCGAUCUUGUUGUGUAUUCACACCUUGCAUGGUUGAAAAAUAGGUUAUGCCGGGAACUAGAAAAGGCCGAUGAUCCCCAUUUAGAUCUUCAUGUCGUUAAAUCUAAUGCCGAAUAUGUUUACUACAAUCAAGGAAACACUACAGCAACUCGUAAAGCUAUUCUUCCCAUGUUGAAAAAUAUUUUGUCGAAACCGGAGUCGACAAAUAGUACAUUUUCUCAACGUGGGGAAAGAAGCCUAAGUAUCUCUAAUGUGGAUGGAAGUCCCGAGGACAGCUCAUCUAAUUCAGGAAUUGACACCCCAACUAACAGUUGUAAUGGCGAUGAUGAAGAAGUUCAACAUUCAUCAGCGGCUGUGAAGUUGUCAGAGUUUCAUGCUGGGGACGUGUUUGCAAGCAAGGAGUCAAAGAAGUAUUUGUCAUUUCGCCAACAGGGCGGUGAACUUCAAAGGGGAGAAAGAGAUCCUCUUACUCCCGAAAAUAGUUUUGCCGAAAGUCACUUCGAUCAAUCGUACCGAAAGUUUGUGCUCAAUCAUAUGGAUUCUGAUGCUAUCAUGGAAAAACUUCGCAAAGAGAAUUUCUUUCGAGAAGCGGACGAAUGAAUUUAUUUUUUGAAUACGAAAAUCUAUCAGUAAAAUUAACCAACUUUUGGAUCAUUAUUAAUUACAGCUACCUAGCUAGUCAGUUGGGGCAAAUUUUAUCUCUUCCAAAUUUGGUCGAUUACGCAUUUAUACAUGCACCGGAUGAAAUAAAUAUGUAAAAUUAUUAAAUUCA